GUUUUAAGGUUAGAUUGUUUCAACUUUUAGAUGUGAAAUUCUUUAUCUUCUUUUAGGUCAAAGUACAUCGGUAUUGGCCUGCCAACCAGCCCGCGAAUAUCGGAACCUUGGUUGUGGAAAUGACCAAUGAAAUGGUUUAUGAAGAUUAUACAGUGAGAGAGAUAAAACUCACCAACACUAAGGAGAGUGCAUCGCGAGUUGUUCGUCAGUAUCAUUACACUGGUUGGCCUGAUGUCGGCUCCCCAGAGUCUGGUACAGGAUUGAUCGAUCUCAUUGGCCAGGUACAAAGGUGGCAGCAAAAUUCAGGAAACACGACUAUCGCUGUACACUGCAG